UGCCUUCCCCUCUGCCUCCAGCUAGAGGUGGCAUCUGGCUUCAGGUGCCUGUGGGUUAUUUCCUUCAGGUCCCUCCGUCCACCUGCCUGGCUCCGAGGUCCAGCUGGCCGGAAGCAGGGCUGGCCAGGCAGCACCGCCCAGGCCAGGGCUCCAAGUUAACUCUAGGAGAAGCCGUGGGCGUGGGCGGAGGCUGGCGGCUUUGGAAGGUGGUGGUGGUGGUAGUGGUGGCGCAGCGAUGGCAGCGUGGCUCUUUCAGCCCCUUUCAUCUGAACAGCAGGCUCGUGCCACUUGUUAACCAGCCUGCCGGUGGCACCCGAGGAGUCAUUUCCUGGGGACACGCUCUGCCUGGAGCCAGAGAAACAAGGAAUCGACUGUCAGGACACGUGGGGUCUCCCUGGCCUGCAGGCUCAUUCCAGCCUAGGUUCUCUGGGACCAAGAAAGGAGACAGAAUUGGGGGCCAAGAGAUCACAUCAGCUCCCCAGGAAAAGCCUUGAUUUUCUAUCCUGCGCCUCCAUCGCCGUUCCUGUAAGUGGGGCGGAGGAGCCGCUGAGCCCUAUUACGAAGCCCGGCCACCGCGGGUCUUGGGCACACUUCGGAGCGACCAGGGCUGCUGGCCUGGAGCCGAGAGCUGGGGCGAGGGCCAUGGCCCCGUACUGGGCCGUCUGGCUGCUGGCAGCAGGGCUGUGCGGCCUGGGCACUGGGGCUGAGGUGUGGUGGAACCUUGUGCCCCGGAAGACAGUAUCUUCUGGGGAGCUGGCAGCCGUGGUGCGGCGAUUCUCCCAGACGGGCAUCCAGGACUUCCUGACCUUGACCCUGACCGAGCAGUCCGGGCUGCUGUAUGUGGGGGCGCGUGAGGUCCUGUUCGCCUUCAGUGUGGAGGCUCUGGAGCUACAAGGAGUGAUCUCCUGGGAGGCACCAGCGGAGAAGAAGACUGAGUGUAUCCAGAAAGGGAAAAGCAAUCAGACCGAGUGCUUUAACUUCAUCCGCUUCCUGCAGCCCUACAACGCCUCGCACCUGUACGUGUGUGGGACCUAUGCCUUCCAGCCCAAAUGCGCCUACAUUGACAUGCUCACAUUCACUCUGGAGCGGGGAGACUUUGAGGACGGCAAGGGGAAGUGUCCCUAUGACCCGGCUAAGGGCCACACAGGUCUCCUUGUGGACGGAGAGCUGUAUUCAGCAACGCUCAACAACUUCCUGGGCACGGAGCCUGUGAUCCUGCGGAACAUGGGUCCCCACCACACCAUGAAGACUGAGUACCUGGCCUUUUGGCUCAACGAGCCACACUUUGUAGGCUCUGCCUAUGUCCCUGAGAGCGUGGGCAGCUUCACCGGGGAUGAUGACAAGAUCUACUUCUUCUUCAGUGAGCGGGCCGUGGAGUACGACUGCUACGCCGAACAGGUGGUAGCACGCGUCGCCCGCGUCUGUAAGGGAGACAUGGGGGGCGCGCGGACGCUGCAGAGGAAGUGGACCACGUUCCUGAAGGCACGGCUGGUGUGCUCAGCGCCCAACUGGCAGCUGUACUUCAACCAGCUGCGGGCAGUGCACACUUUGCGAGGCGCGUCCUGGCACAACACCACCUUUUUUGGGGUCUUCCGAGCUCGCUGGGGUGACGUGGACCUGUCAGCAGUUUGUGAGUACCAGCUGGAGGAGAUCCAGCGAGUGUUCGAAGGUCCCUACAAGGAGUACCGAGAGCAAGCCCAGAAGUGGGCCCGCUACACGGACCCGGUGCCCACCCCUCGGCCCGGCUCGUGCAUCAACAACUGGCACCGGCGGCAUGGCUACAGCAGCUCCCUGGAGCUGCCUGACAACACCCUCAACUUCAUCAAGAAGCACCCACUGAUGGAGGAGCAGGUGGCCCCCCGCUGGGGCCGGCCCCUGCUGGUAAAGAAGGCGGCCAACUUCACACACCUGGUGGCCGACCGAAUCAUGGGGCUUGAUGGAGCUACCUACACAGUACUGUUCAUCGGGACAGGGGACGGCUGGCUGCUCAAGGCCGUGAGCCUCGGCGCCUGGGUGCACCUGAUCGAGGAGCUGCAGGUGUUUGACCGGGAGCCUGUGGAGAGCCUGGUGCUGUCUGAGAGCAAGAAGCUGCUUUUUGCUGGCUCCCGCUCUCAGCUCAUCCAGCUGCCCCUGGCGGCCUGUGGCAAGUACCGCUCCUGUGCAGACUGCGUCCUCGCCAGGGACCCCUACUGUGCCUGGAAUGUCAACACCAGCCGCUGCGUGGCCACCAGUGGCCACUCUGGAGCCCUGCUGGUCCAGCACGUGACCAUGUUAGACACGUCCAGCAUCUGUAACCUGCAUGGCAGUAAGAAAGUCAGGCUCACGCCCAAAAACAUCACUGUGGUAGCGGGCACAGACCUGGUGCUGCCCUGCCGCCUCUCCUCCAACCUGGCCCGUGCCCACUGGACCUUCAAGGAUCGAGAUCUGCCAGCCGAACAGCCUGGCUCUUUCCUGUACGACACCCGGCUGCAGGCCCUGGUGGUGAUGGCCGCCCAGCCCCGCCACUCGGGCACUUACCACUGCUUCUCGGAGGAGCAGGGUGCACGGCUGGCUGCGGAAGGCUACCUCGUGGCUGUCGUGGCAGGCCCAUCGGUGACCUUGGAGGCCCGGGCACCUUUGGAAAACCUGGGGCUAGUCUGGCUGGCUGUGGUGGCCCUGGGAGCCGUGUGCUUGGUGUUGCUGCUGUUGGUUCUGUCCCUGCGCCGACGGCUGCGGGAAGAGCUGGAGAAAGGUGCCAAGGCAGCUGAGAGGACCCUCGUGUACCCCCUGGAGCUGCCCAAGGAACCCACCAGUCCUCCCUUCCGGCCUGGCCCAGAAACAGAUGAGAAACUUUGGGAUCCUGUUGGCUACUACUACUCAGAUGGCUCACUCAAGAUUGUGCCUGGACACGCAAGGUGCCAGCCUGGGGGCGGGCCCCCCUCCCCACCUCCUGGCAUCCCGGGCCAGCCCUUGCCUUCUCCAACUCGGCUCCACCUGGGGGGUGGGCGGAACUCGAAUGCCAACGGUUAUGUGCGCUUACAGUUAGGAGGAGAAGACCGGGGCGGGCACCCCCUGCCCGAGCUCGCCGAUGAACUGAGACGCAAGCUGCAGCAGCGCCAGCCGCUGCCCGACUCCAACCCAGAGGAGUCCUCGGUAUGAGGGGACCCACCGCACCGGCGGGGCGUGCGGGAGGUGCGGCUCCUACUUUUUGCACAGGCACCAGCUACCUCAGGGACAUGGCUCAGGCACCUGCUCUGCCUGGGACUGGCACUGCCCAGCAUCCGCCUAGCCAUGAAGACCUGCUCAGCAUGGGCACUGCCACUUGGAGUGGCUCACCAGGGCACCAACCUUCCUCCUCUGUGAAUCUUGGACAUGUGGGACCCCAGCAGCCAAAACUUUGCAAGGCAGAAGUUCGAAAUGUGGGUGUGUCCGUGUACGUGUGUGUGUGUGUGUGUGUGUGUGUGUGUGUGUGUGUGUGUGUGUAUGUGUAUGCAAACAGGAGUGUGUGACACAGCUUUCCUGUUUCUGUGGUCUUCCCUUGGCCUAUGGUCCUCCUGGGGAGUCUUUGGAGCUAUGAAGGGGAAGGGGUCGGAUCACUUUGUCUCUCUUACCCCCAUCUGUCCCAAAUUCGGGGCACCUGUGUACAUAUGGGGGUGGGGUGGGCAGGGUGCUGUACCCUUCUGGGGGGGUGGGGAGAAGCUCAGGGCCCUGGGGGUGGGCCUAGCCCUGUUCUAGGGCUGUGAAUGUUUUCAGGGUGGGGGGAGGGAGGUGGCGCCUCCUGUGUUGUUUAGGGGAAGGGUGGGCGGGGCCUCCCUCUGGGCCCUAGUCAGUGGUAUUUUAUAUUGGUCCUCUUCCUGGACAGGGCCGGGAAAGGUGGUGUGGGGGAGCAGGGAGGGCAUGCUGUGGGUGGCAUCCCCUCUCCCAACCCUGGAAGAGGGCUCCUAACAGUGUAACUUAUUGUGUCCCCGCGUAUUUAUUUGUUGUAAAUGUUUGAGUAUUUUUAUAUUGACAAAUAAAACAAAAUGAAACUUACUGGGAUGAGAACAAGACAUUCUGGGCUAAACCUUAUCUCUCAGGCUAUGGAGAGGGUAGGUCCCUUGGGUUGUGAGGGAGGGAGGCUGGUCUCCCCCACCAUAUUCCUGGCCAUGGUCCCAGGGCAGCCUCUCCUCGUCUGCUGGUGCCCCCGGGGCGCGGGGCACGGCCCAGACUCCAGUGUUUUCCCACAGUCGUGCCUCUAGGGCUGGGAACCAACCAGACCAGGGCCACAGCCCCUGGGACCCAGCCUGGCUCUGGGCCAGAGGGGAACGCAGGGGGAGGAUGGGUUGUUCCCCCAGAGCUUUGGGUAGGGCAAAUGGGGGUGAAGGGAUUUCCUAGAAGCCAUGGAAGCCCCAGAGACUGGAGCUGGCACUGCAUGGACUGUGGACCCCUUGUCAGCUCACCAAGGAAAAAGGUUCAGCCUGCUUGGCUGGAGAGUGGUGGAGCCUUGACAUCCUGACCAUGUAGGGAAGGAGCCACCCAGAGUUUCCCAGCCCCGCUGGCCAGAGAGAUGUGUUGUACCCAGAUGUUCUCGAGACAACAACAGGCCCCAGCCGGGAAGCCUCGCUUGAGUGCCAAGGACGGUGGCAAACCCCCACCUAGGCACCCAGGUCCAGCUCCCGUGAGCAGUGGGGCAGGCUGUCUCUGAGACUUGCCUGGCUGUCCUUGGCAACCGUCCACAGCCAUCAGCUGUCCACAGUCAUCAGCUAUUCGCCUAUCGCGCCCUCGUGUGGCGGCGUUGAAACGUGAUCCGGUGACAAAGCCCCGCCCCGUCGCGCGAUUGGCUCUCCAGGCAUCUGGUCAGCAGCCCUGGACGGAGACCUGGGCCGCGUGAAGUCUCUCAUCCAGAAGCCCACGGACCCCAGCCAGCCCGACUCUGCCGGCUACACAGCCCUGGCUGCUGAGAGGGGACACGGGGACAUCUGCUCUCUGCUGCUGCAGCACAGCCCGGCCCUGAAGACCGUCCGGGACCGAAAGGCACGGCUCGCCUGCGACCUGCUGCCGGGCAACAGUGCCCUGCGGGACCUGCUGGCCAGCUGAGGGGACAGUGCCACACAGGGAGCACAGACACCGGGCCACCGGCUGCCCCACCCGUUCAGCAUCCACUCAGGGUGGACAGCACACCCAGGAUACCCAGAGCCACUUCCAGCCUGGUGGUGGCCAGGCAGGGCUGGCAGCUUUGAGGCAGGGACAGACAAUCACAUUCUAGGUUAUUCCCACGGCAACCUCUGCCCACGCAGGGAGAAUAAAGUUAUCUCCUCUCCUGA